AUGGUGCAAGCGAAAGAACGUUCUAUUAUAGAGAAGCACUUUAAAAGGAAUAUACCAGAUUUACGAAUUUUGGCGAAAAACUGUUCGUUAGCGCUGGUCAAUACUUUUCAUACUCUGAACGGCAUUCGACCAAUGGUCCCGGCCUUGGUAGAAGUCGGCGGCAUGCAUUUGGAUCAUUCCCGAGAAGCUUUACCCCACUACAUCGAGCGGUUCCUGAAUGAAUCGGAACACGGUGUUAUUCUGCUGAGCUUCGGGUCAUUGAUCAAGACAGCGACGAUACCGAAGUACAAAGAAGAUAUCAUAGUAAACGCACUCUCCAAACUGAAGCAGAGGGUCAUCUGGAAGUAUGAGAACAGCGGAGAAGAGGGCACACUUACUGGAAAUAUUCUGCGAGUAAAAUGGCUUCCGCAGUAUGAGCUCUUGCAACACAAUAAGAUCAUCGCGUUCAUAACACACGGUGGACUUCUGGGCAUGACGGAAGCGAUAUCAGCAGGCAAGCCCAUGGUGGUCGUACCAUUCUUCGGAGAUCAACCCGCUAAUGGCGCGGCCGCAGCUGCAGCUGGCUUCGCGAAGGUCGUAUCAUAUAUGGAGCUCACUGAGAAGGUCCUGACUGAAGCUCUUGAUUUUGUACUCAGUGCUGAGACUCGAGUGAAAGCACGUCUUGUGUCAAGCAUUUGGCGGGACCGACAAGCUGACCCUCUAGAAACUGCUGUUUACUGGACUGAAAGGGUUAUACGCUGGGGCCAUGCCGCUCCUCUUCAUUCUUCGGCAAGAGACAUGCCAUUUUAUCAGUUGGCAUUACUCGAUGUCAUUGCUGCAUUUACAGUCGCCAUUUUGAUUUUGGUGUCAUUAUUGUGGUUUAUUUUAUCUACGGUAUACCGUCUAGUAUUCAGUAAAGAGAGUAAAUUAAAAAUACAUUAG